GCUAGGCUAUGUUCUUUUCUCACUCCUGUUUAAGGCCUCUUUCUAUGUCCGUUAAUAAAUUAUGCUUAUCAUCGAAACGCCCUUUUCAGUUCCACUAUCCUUUGUUAUUUUAUGAUGCGUCUUUUUCUAGAAGACAAUACACUCAGUUGCCAGGCACUGAGUAAAGAGGAAAUGUUAUGUCAGUGAAUGCGGACAGAGCUACAACAAAGGGAAAAUCACGCCAACUCUGAAAAUGGACUCUGAAAAAAAGUUAUACAUUUGGUAAUUGGGACUUGAUUGUUUGAAAAGUAGGCUAAUAGCUGGCUCACUUAUGGCAAGUAGUGAAAGGAAUAAAAAAAUCCUGCUUGACAUGGUAAAACAGCCUAGCAACGACCACUGUGCAGAUUGUGGGGCUCCAGAUCCUGACUGGGCCUCAUACAGACUGGGUGUGUUUGUAUGUGUGAACUGCUCAGGUACGCAUCGAGAUUUGCCUGACAUCAGCCGAAUAAAGUCUAUACAUUUGGAUUUCUGGGAUGAUUCCCUGGUGGAGUUCAUGAAGACGAAGGGUAACGCUGCAUCCAAUGCCUUCUUUGAGAAGUGUGUCCCUGCAUAUUACUACCGCCCACAGCAGCAUGACUGUGUCAUUCUUAAAGAUCAGUGGAUACGUGCUAAAUACGAGAGGAGAGAAUUCACUGGAGAGAAACAAUUCCUUCAACAAGUUUAUAGUGCAGACCUUUAUGAAGGAAUUCUGUGGAAGAAAGGAAAAGACAACAAGCAAUUCCUGAAAAGGAGAUUUGUGCUCUCUAAAACAGACUUCACCUUGAGAUACUUUACAAAGGGGGAUAAGCCCAAAGCAGUUAUCUCCAUGAAGAACAUCGAUGUUGUGUUCCAGCCAGAAAAGAUAGACCAUGCCCAUGGGUUACAGAUCUCCUACCUCGAGGAAGAACGCACUAGAAACCUGUUUGUAUAUCAUGACAAGAGUCUGGAAAUCGUGUCCUGGUUUAAUGCAAUUCGGGCCACCCGAUACGCUUACCUGAAGAAGAUCUACCCUGAUGCCAGGAACAGUGUUCUUGUACCUUUGAUAACCAGAAGUAACAUUAAAGAAGGUUACAUGGAGAAAACGGGUCCAACGCAAUGGGAGCCAUUCAAGAAGAGAUGGUUCAUCCUUAACCUGUCAGACAGAAAGCUGUCCUACUUCAAAACUUCAGUGGACGCCUUGGAACUGGGAGCCGUCUUCAUCGGGACAGAAGCCCAUGGCUACUCCGUGAGGGAGUGCCAGCCCAAGCAGGCCCGUGGAGGCAGGUGGAAGUUCGGGGUCACCCUGGAUACUCCAGGCAGGCAGUUCGUCUUCCUGUGUGACCAAGAAGAAGACCAGAGGGAGUGGAUAGAAGCCUUGAAAGAGGUCAUGGCACAGCCCAUGCUACUACAGCACUACAACACUGAGGCGAACAUGAGAAGGAUGAAAAAAUGAAUGGAACGCCACGACCAGAGUAAAGGAGAACAGGAUUUGCAGGAAGAAACGUCAACUUGUGAGGCUGGCUGCGUAUUUCAGCCAGACCUGUGGCGGAGGAGGCUUCUGGCAAGGGGUGAUCAGUAAGUCAUUAUCAUUGAAAACUGAGGCUAAUGAAGCUGAGGAUAAUGAAACUGAGGCUAAUGAGGCUCAACAAACUGAACAGCUGUGUCAUGGUGCGGUGAGCAGCAGCGCCACCGUGCCAUAGUUUCUCAGUUCCCAUACCUCACAAACACA